CCGGCGGAAGACGGUUUGUUUUGAUGCCGCCGGGUAGUAUCCAACGUGCGGCUGCCUUUCUCCUGUCAUGUGCUCUGUAAUAGUGCCAACAACAGACAUAAUGUCGACUGCAGAGAGCCAAGUGGAGAGCAGCGGCCCGGAAGAAGAGCUGAAAGCGACCAAAAGGAAGAUUUCUCUCUCCAAUUGUGGUGUGUGUGGAUCAGAGGAGGCGAAGUACAGAUGUCCAGCCUGUCUUGGCCAUUCUUGCAGCUUGCUGUGUGUGAAGAAACACAAAGAAGAUUCAGGAUGCAGCGGAGUAAGAAAUAAAACUGCCUUCGUGACCCUCUCACAUUUUGAUGAAAUGACACUUCUCAGUGACUACAGGCUUCUGGAGGACACAGGACGAUUUGCUGAUGGUGCCAACAGAGACAGCCUCAUCCGGACUCCUCGUUCCACUUUGAAAACAAAGAGGCUGGCAGCCUGUGCCAGAAAGAUGAAUAUCACAUUGAGGUUCCUCCCCAUCACCUUCACUAAAAGCAGAGAAAACUCCACUGUCUUCGUCACAAAAGAAAAACUGUUCCUCUGGCACCUGAAGCUCAUCUUUCCCCAGAGCAGCACAGAGUUCAGUCAGAAGAGGGUGUCUGACAAGCAAACCUUGGAGCAGAUCUUGACCGCAUAUAUCCAUCCAACAGAGUCGGACCCUGUGACACGUCAAAAGUUGAAGAUGUAUGUUCACGCUCCGUUUGAUCAUGUGAAAGUCUUCAUGAAAGCAGAGGGGAGAAAGGCAAACUCUGUGAGGUACCAUGAGUUGGACAUCUGCAAGACCUUGAGGGACAAUCUCAGCUACAAAACGCUGAUUGAAUAUCCUGUGCUGCAUGUUGUACUCAGAGAUCAUUGGAAGGAGUAUCCACCGAAAGGACCAGCUCAACCUGCAUCAGCCUGCAGUGGUUUUGCAACCAAGAAAGAAGAGGUGGAACAAGAGAAGCAGGAUGUGAUCCAAGUUUCACCAUCCCUACAAGGAGCUCGCACCCCGCGGGGAACCAACAUCUGGACAGGAACCCCAGAGACCAGCCCUGAAACUGAACCCCCACAAAUGAAAAGGGCCAAGAGAGAAGGAGGGAAGGAAGAGGUAGAGGAGGGAGAGAUCAUAGACAGUAGUGACGAAGAGGAGGAGCAGGAAGGAAAUGCUGAAGACAGUACCCCAUGUAGUAAGAGCUGUGAUGGUGCCAAAAGCCCAGCUAAUGACAGGGGGGGUGAUUAAAGACAAAGCAGCAGACGGUGUGGGGGUUAAUGUGGAUGAUGGAGUGACAGCAGCAGGAAUCGGUGCAUAAAUGAGAACAUUUCUGCUACAGCUGAUGACAAUGAGCUGUCAGAGAAGAGUGCUGAGGUCAACAUGACUAAGGAGGAUGCUGUGAAAGAGCCGGGCCCUGUUCAUACCCAUCACUGUCAGGAUGAAAAUGAGUCAGCUCGUGCUGCUGACAGCUGUGGACAGGAAUGAUAAUGCACAGAUGUUCAGGGUGAAAUUAAUGAGGAGGCAAACAUAUCUGACAGGAAGUCAUCAAUCUAGUAUCAGUAUACAGUUGACCAAUGCUAUCUAACUGUGUUUUCAGUUUUUAACAGUUUUAGGAAAUGAACAAUGGCUGGUGCCACUUUAUUGUUGUAUAUACAUGGAAUCAUUUCAAUUUCAGUAUUAAUUUUCAAAAUUUAGGUUUAUUUAAUCAGUCUUGAAGUAUGCUUUUUUUUAAAAUAAAUAAAUAAAUAAAUAAAUAAAGACUUUUUCUUUGGAAAUGUUUCUGGGGUUUUUUUGUGUCAUAGUGCUGCUUAUCUGUGCUGGAUACCAACACUAGACCAAAGUAGACAAAAACAUAGUUUGUAGGUAUUGUCAUCUGUAUUUAUCAGUAAAAUUUAAAGGCAUACAAUGCAGGGUUUGUCGAUUGCUGUUUGUAAACACAACAUUUAAACUUUGCCACUCUGACUCGGUGAGACUGAGAAAGCAGUGGAACAAAGCAGUGAAUCAGAGGAAUAAAACAUUAUUUUCUGAUUGUUUCACAGCAGUUACGUUUUAAAUCACGAAUAAACAAACCCACAUCUCUGCAUAACCCUGCAGGAAGGUGCUGCGUUGCUGGAUUUUGUGUGAAUUCAGCUAAAAGCCAUUCUUGUAUGUGCGGCUCAACCUUGCCCUCAAUCAAACACACAAACCUGCAGCUCGAAUCCACAGAACAGAAGAGAGGUUGAUGUGUUUUUAUAGUCCCCUGACAUUGCACUGGCUACAUACGACUACCCAAAGGUUGACACCCGGAAAUGUUCUGAACAAACCAAAAUAAGAAUAAAAUAAGAAAAUGCAGGCAGAAGGCCUGUUCUCUGCAGGUACAGAUACUGCCACACACUGCUAGUGGGUCACAAGUGACAUUGAGAGGGAUUAUUUUGUGUGAGUUCUGCAUAGUUUGCCUUUGAAAGUCCAUUCAUUAUCUCAGAAACUAGAAACUGUCCUGCCUAAUUAUUUAAUGAUCUCCAUAAUCCGUAUCUUGAGGUCCAGUUAUUACCUGUUCUGCAGCUUUCGGUCAUCUUUUCAGACUCCAUCUGUUCGUAAUGAUCAUGUGAUCAACCUAAUGAAUGGUUGAGGUGACUUUGUUUUUUCAAGUCAUGUUUCCAAGAUCAAUAAUUUGCAGUGCACUGUGAAACUCAAUUUGAUGACAACAUGGCCGAGAAUCCCUGAGAGUGUUUGGAAAAACUUUGCGCAUUUACAUUUUCAACUGUACAAACUCCACCUGUAGAUGAUCAUGUUAUAUAAUGGAAAGCUAAGUACUACCAAGAAAUGACAGUGUCAAGCUUUUUGUGGACAAACAACCUUUUUGAUUUAAUGUCUCAAGCUGCUUUUUGCCUUUAGUGAUAUUUUUUUUUAUCUUGUUAUGUAAAGUGUGUUUGUGUAUCUUGAAAAACACUCUAUAAAUAAAAUGUACUUUUAUUACUUUAAA